AUGUUCGAUAUCAUGAUGGCAAUUUUGUUUCUUCUUUGGGCUUUCCUAACUGUCUUUGGGAAAGUUCAGGGGGCUACUCUUCUCGCCUCCCACUACAGCGGCCAGAUCUACACUCUCAACCUGUCGCCGGCCAACCAGUUGACUAUCACAAAGUCAGCCAGCUCUGGCAAUCGCAUGCCGGCAUGGCUUGACUUAGACUCGGCAACGAAGACACUCUAUGUCCCAGAUGAGACGCAAUGGGGCCAGCCCCUUCUCAAGAGCUUCUCCGUCGCCGAUGAUGGUACUGUUACGGCGAAAGGACAGGCCCAGACUGCCGGCGGUGAACUGCAUAGCACUCUCUUCGGACAUGGAGGACAGGACGGGAAAGGUUUCAUCGCUCUGGCGCAAUAUGAUGCUUCAACAAUCUCGACAUACGCCCUUCCCCUGACAGGAGUUAGUCAGGCCCUGCAGAGGCUGACUUUCACGAUGUCCAAACCCGGCACUGUGCCGUCUCGGCAGGACAAACCGCACCCACACUCUGUCUUCACCGACCCAUCCGGCCGAUAUCUUCUUUCCGCCGACUUAGGCGCCGAUCUUGUCAGAAUUUUCAGUGUUCAGUCCAACGGUAGUCUGACCGAAUGCCCAUCAGCCCAGGCCGGACUCGGGGAUGGACCGCGUCACGGCGCGUUUUGGACCCAGGCCAACACCACGCUGCUUUUCACCGUGAAUGAGCUGUCAAACUCAAUCACGUCCUGGUCGGUUACAUACGAGCCGUCCGGAUGCUUGAAUCUUUUGAAGAAUCAAACUAUUUCCACGUUUCCAGCAGGAGUAGCUGCCCCGUCAGGCUCCAAGGCUGCCGAGGUGCAUGUAAAAGGCAACUUCGUUUAUGCGUCAAACAGAUAUGAUCGGUCUUUCGGGGCACAAGAGGACUCUCUGGCAACGUAUUCUAUCGACCCUUCUUCGGGCGAGGUCAAGUUUGUUGAGACAACCAGCGCAUACUCCUUUUUCCCACGUACGUUCGCGAUCAAGAAGGAUGGAACUUUGGUCGCGAUUGGAGGCCAGACGAGCGCCAACGUAGCCAUCGUGGAACGAAACACGACGUCGGGAAAGUUGGGGCGGCUCGUUGCCUCGAUUAAAGUUGGGAACCCCGGAACAAUUAACCAGGAAGACGGUCUCAGUGCCGUCAUAUGGAACGAAUAA